AACUUGGUUGAUAAGAAAAAAUACAUUAAAUCCCAUAGACUUUGAAGGUCAAUAUCUAAAGAUCAAAAUAGAUUUGGGGAACACAAAACACCUUAGCAACCACAUGGCAACACAUCAUGAUAGUGAGUUUUGCAUGGUCGCUUACAAGUGGAAAUAUAUACUUCAUUAUUUGUUUUUUCACUCCUAUCAUAAAGGUUAUGUGUGUGAUCAGAGCAUCUCCCCGAUUGAGCCCGUGUCAGUGGAUGCUCUGGUGGGCAGUGAUGUGACGCUUGCUGUAUCUCAUACUGGAGCCUCUCAUCCUGUGGUCACAUGGUUCAUGGAAGGUCUUCCUGUUGUAAUAUGGACCAUAAGUGAUGACUCCUCUCCAGAUGUUUCUUCAGACCACUCCAGCAUCUUUAAAGUGGAACAGAAUGGAUCGCUCACCCUCCGAAAAGUGUCACACAUUUAUAAUGGAACAUACACCGUGGAAAUGACUAGAAUUGGAGCGAUGAGAGUGAGCACUACAUUUUAUCUUUUUGUUUAUGAUAUCCUCAAAAAUGUGUCCCUGCGCACGGAUCCAGAUGAGGCCAUUGAAGGUGUCCGUGUAUUCACCUUCUAUUACAACACAAUGCAAGGGGAGGCCAGGGAGGUGCAGUGGCUCUUUAAUGGAGUCCAGCUGGAAAAUGGAUCCCAUUAUUCCAUCGACGGGAAAAACCUAACAAUAAACCAGCCUAGAAGAAAUGACACGGGCCGCUACGCUGUAGUCCUUACAAACCCAUUCAGCUUUGAGACACAGCAUAGGACGAUAACAGUGCUGUAUGGACCAGAUAUGCCAGUUCUCAAGGUGAGUCCCACAAAAGCAGUCUUUGUUUCUGGAGAUUCUCUGUUCCUCUCAUGUAAGGCUGAGGGUCUGCCGCCCCCCUCUGCCACAUGGUUUUUCAAUGGCAGCUUCAUUCAAGGGUCUCCAGGAGGAUCCGUCAACCUCACCGACGUUAAAACACAUCAAAGUGGUGUUUACACCUGUGUGUUGAUUAAUCCAAGGACUAAGGGACAGCUGAGGAGAAACCUCACUAUAGAUAUCUAUGAGAUUCCCCGCGGUGAGCCAUUGUGUUCAGUAAAGGCCGUAAGUGAAACCAGAGGGCUUCAGUUCUUCUGUCUGUGGCCAGGUGGCGCUCCAGAAGCACUGUUGUCUUUCCCCGGCCUGAAUGCGAAUGAGAGUGGGGUGGGAAAUUUCAAUUUAACUCCAAGUGACAUCCAAAGAUUAAAUGGAAAGGAGAUCAUCUGUAAGGCCGAACAUCCUCUGAUUCAGACACAGUGCCGUGUCAUUGCACGUGGUCCUGUUUAUUUUCUACCAGUAAUUUUCACCAACAUCAGCCAAGAUGAACGGACAACUGUUGUGAUCCACUGCAAUACAGAGGCUUUGCCCAAAGCCAUCGUGUACUGGCUCAAAAAUGGACACAGACUGGAAAAUGGGUUCAAAUACCAGAUCAGUAUUAACACAACUCAACUGUUCAUCAAUGAUUUUAAUGCCAGUUCUGCAGACCUCGACACAUACACCUGCAUAGCCAUCAAUCCACUCGGCAAUAUAACCUCCAAUGCCACACUGCUCAGCCCUCAGAUUUUAGAUUCCAGUAUUUUUCUGAGUGAAAAUCGAACAGAAGUGAUUUUAAAAUGGGAUGUUCCUCCCACUUCUGUCAUUACAGGUUUUGAUAUCCAGAUGAAAGGCCCAGACCUCGCUGGCUCUUCCCGAUCAGAGUUUCGCACUAUUCGAAUGAUGCCGAGCUUCGCCAGGACUACAAAUAUCUCUGGACUUGAUCCGGAAUCUGCUUAUAUCUUCAGGAUCAUUCCUGAAGCAGGAAAAACCACAGGGGAACAAUCAGAGCUACACCGGGUUCAACCAGGUACAGGUCUUAAUGGUGCUGCCAUUGCUGGUAUUUCUGCUGGACUCCCCUGCAGUAUUAUUCUGCUCCUCGUUGUCUUGGGUUUCAUCUACUGUGGAAAACCUGACAGAAAUCCCAAGUUUGCCAUCUCAGGAGCGGUGGAGAAGGUCAUCUGUCAGUCAGCUUUAACUGACCCCCAUCAUUUCCCAGAACCCAAGCGGUCGACUGCAUUACCUUAUGCGAACGCUCGUGUGAGGAUGGCCACCACUGUGUGAUUCAAAGAGAUCUUAAUCUUAUCCAGUAAUUGAACUAGGGCUGGACACAUAGUGUCCUAACCAGAUUGCAGUAGAAAAUAAAAAUGUUGCUCAAUGCAACAAAAUUACAAUUGAUCAGAUCAAAAUUUUAUGGUUAAUAUGAUGCUUUAUGAAGCAAGAUUUUACAGAAACCAAGUAACUGACAAAAUUGUGUCUGGUUAAUUCACAAAGGUCAAUGUUUACCUGUUUUUAAAGAUGUACGAGUUUUUUUCUUCUUUUUAUAGGUGAUGUUUGAUUAUAUUCGUCUUUGAUCCUGUUUGUGAAAUACAGACUAUAAAGUGGAUUUGGAGCAUCAAAGUUUGAUCUAUGUAUGUAUGAUCUUACUCAGUCAAUAUUAAAGAUAUCAAGGUUAUUUUCACUGAAUGUUUCCUUACAUUGUGUAGGAAGAUUUUAUAUUAAAAACUGUAUGACACAAAAAUGACCUUUGCUGGGUUUUCAUAGGCAGGAUCACAUAUUAUUGGAUUAUUGUGAAAUGGUAUUUGAGCUGUGCUACCCACAUUUAUUUUAUUGCAUUACAACUUUACAAAUUUCUUUUGCUGUAAUACAUUUGACAUCUUCUGUACAAUAUAAGGCAUAGUAUUUUAUGUAUUUCAUUAAAAUAAAUGAAAAAGCAGUUAAACCAAUGUCUUUUUAUCACAUCGACAUAAUGCUGUUCUGCUAAAAAGGGUUCGACUACAUGCAUUCAACAUGUGAAAUAUUAGAAAAUAAUCUUUUAUGUGUGCAUGGACACAAACCAUGACACACUGAAUCCAAAUGUGACCCCGUGCACCAGGACUGAAAGAAAGUGUGAGCUUCAGCAUGUUGUAUUGACAGCAGCAGUAAUGCAAACCUCGGCACAUCCACGCUUCCAGAAUGACCAAUACAACAACAAAAAGAGUCCAUGGUCUUAUUUUAUUCUCCCUUCCCCCUCCAAACCCUGACCGUGGAGCCGGUGUGCGACCGUCACGUGUCUCCACCACCGACAAGCUCAAGUGCAUUUGUUCAGUGGUUUUGUUUUAAUAGAUUUU